CUGCUAUUUUUCCUGAAAGUUUAAUGAUUUGGGAUUAUAGAUAUCAGUUUUAACAGGAUUUGAUAAAAACACUCUUCUUCUGAACCUAGAAAGGAACUUCUCAACAAAAUGCACAGAGGGAACUAAAAACUGACUGUUGCGGUUCAAAGAUCAUAGAGAGUUAAGCUGUGAUAAAAAAUACAGGAAGUGGACUGCAGGAAGAAAGAAGGACUGUAGAAAGAGUGUGCUGUAAAUGGGUAAUAGAGCAGUGUUGUGGCGAGUACAGACAGACUGGAGUUGUUCUGCCAGGAUGAUGAUAAGUUUGUGCCCUGUGCGUUCCCAAAGAUUCCUGUCACAGUUUUGUAUUCCUGCAUGAAACUAGUCAGCAUGUAUAAGGAAGAUGCUUCUAAUUUGAAACAGUGCAUUACAUGAACAUUUAAGGAGCAAAAGUGCGUCCGUCAACUUAAAAGGAGCAGAAAUUCUGAAAAAGAUGGAAGAAAAUAUUGAAUGUUAUGGACAGCCACUCAGGAGUCCCUGAUAAUAGCUUAGAGCUCAAGAAAGAGGUACAAGUUCUGGAAGAGAUGGAAGAAAACGCUGACUAUCUUAAAAAAUAUGUGACAGACUGUCAGGCAGUAGUGUUGGAUAUGUCAGAGCCAGUAAAAGAGGAAGCUAUUAAUUUUCUAACAGUUCCAGUAACCUUUGAGGAUGUUGCCGUCAUUUUCUCGGACGAGGAGUGGAAAUUAUUAAGAAAAGAAGACAAGGAACUUUACAGGGAAGUGAUGGUACAGAACUAUGAAAGCUUGAUUUCAGCAGGAUACAAAAUACCCCCAGAGAAAUUAAUAAUACUGCUUAAGGAAGAGUCUGAUGAACUAUCAGUGGAUGAUGCGAAGGUAAAAGUGGAUGUGAGAAAUGCAGCGGAGCAGGAGGAUGUGAAGCACAGCAGUGUCAGAAGCAGAGACUGCCAUAUGAGUGUCCGUCAUCGGGCAUCACAAUUGACACCCCUGUCAUGUCGUCCAUCAGUGAACCCCCAGCAUGGUGCUUGGUCAGGGAAGGGCUAUGGCAAGCUUCAUCUCACUCCUGUAUCAAAGCUUCAUUCAGGAGAUACCUGCAGCCAGCGGUCUGAAUGUGACAAUGAAUCGCCUCAGUUACAACAUUCAACAAAGAACCUGCAGCAAUGUGAUCAGAUUGGGAAUGGGCAGGGCAAGUUUUAUGUCAGUCUUUUAUCAAGACGUAACUGCAGCAAGACCUUUGAAGGUGACGCAAGUUGUGUUGUUAAGCAAAGUCCAGCACAUCAGAUAUCUAACAAAGAGAAACCAUAUAAAUGUCCUGAAUGCAGUAAGUGCUUUUCAAGUAGCAGUAGUCUGCUGCGCCAUCAAGUCAUACACACAGGAGCAAAACCGUAUCAAUGUUCUGAGUGCAGUAAGUCUUUUUCACACCGUAGUAGUCUGGUGUACCAUCAGGCUAUUCACAGUAGCGAGAAACCAUAUAAAUGUGAAGAGUGUGGUAAGUGUUUUAUAUGUAGCAGCAGUUUGAUGCGUCAUCAAACCACACACACGGGUGCAAAACCAUAUAAAUGUUCUGAAUGCAGUAAGUGUUUUUCUCAGAGAGGUAAUAUGCUAUGCCAUCAGGCUAGUCACUCAGGGGAGAAAUCAUAUAGGUGCCCUGAAUGCAAUAAGGGCUUUUCGUGUAGCAGUACGCUGUUGCGCCAUCAAGUCAUUCACACAAGGGCAAAUCCGUAUAAAUGUACUGAGUGCAGUAAGUCUUAUUCAUGUCGUAGUAGUCUGUUGUACCACCAGACUAUGCACAGUGGACAGAAACCGUAUAAAUGUGCAGAGUGUAGUAAGUGUUUUACAUGUGUCAGCAGUCUGAUGCGCCAUCAGACCACUCACACGGGUGCAAAACCAUAUAAAUGUACUGAAUGCAGCAAGUGUUUUGCUCGUGAAGAUUACCUUAGAGCUCAUCAUCGAGUUCACGCAAAGGAUAAACCAAAAGACUUGGAGAAAUUAAAAAAAAAGGAUAAACCAUAUAAAUGUCCUGAAUGCAGUAAAUGUUUUUCUCAGAGAGCUAAUAUGCUAUGCCAUCAGGCCAGUCACUCAGAGGAGACGUCAUAUAGGUGCCCUGAAUGCAAUAAGCGCUUUUCAUGUAGUAGUACUCUGUUUCGCCAUCAAGUCAUUCACACAAGGGCAAGUCCAUAUAAGUGUAUUGAGUGCAAUAAGUCUUAUUCAUGCCAUACUAGUCUGGUAUACCAUCAGGCUAUGCACAGUGGAGAGAAACCGUAUAAAUGUGCAGAGUGUAGUAAGUGUUUUACAUGUGUCCGCAGUCUGAUGCGCCAUCAGACCACUCACACGGGUGCAAAACCAUUUAAAUGUACUGAAUGUAGUAAGUGUUUUGGGCGUGAAGAUCACCUUAGAGUUCAUCAUCGAGUUCACGCAAAGGAUAAACCAAAAGACUUGGAGAAAUUGAAAAAGAAUGUCUUAGAAGAUAUGCAGAUAAUGUAAAGGAAAAGUACAAAUUCAACGCUUUAUUGAUUACCUAAAAAUGUUUUAUAGAUAAUUGGGAAAUAAAGCAAAAGGAAUUGAAACACCCCCAAAAAGGAAGAAAUAGAUACAUUAU